AUGGCUACUCAAAAACCCGCCGAAUGGGUUUCAUCUCUUAUAACGAGAUUCGAAGAGCAGCUUCCUUGCAGAACGGGCCCUCAAACAACUUAUUCCAAAUUUAACGAAGAACAAAAUAAAAAAUGUUUGAUAACCAUAAGCAAAUACAGGUUUUGCUUAGUGAUUGCUGGGCUCACAAAAAUAUUGCAACGAGUAAUAGAUAUGAUGAUGAACACCUCAAAUGGUGUUAUAAAACCAAUGGGACCUGAUAUGGAAAAAAAUUGUUACGAGUCUUUAGUUAUUGUUUUAGAAACUUUAAAAAAAUGCCUUACUUGUGAAUCAAAGGACAACACCAAUUUCGAUGAAAAUUUAAAUGUAAAAUUACUGUUGCCUCAUAUAUGCCAAGUAAUAGAUAGUAUAAGUCAUGACAAUGCAUAUUGCGUUCAACUAAAAAAUUUGACUUCCAAAGUUUUAUUUGCUUUGAGCAUUAAUUUUUUUAAUGCUGUUUUUAAUAGAAUAACAGGAAGAUUACAAGAAUUGACUACUACUACUGAGGAAAAUCCGGAUUGUACCGAUUUAGAAUUAAUUCAAUAUAUAAAUGUGGAUGUUUCAAAAUUGACAAGGCUCCUUGCUGAAAUGAAUCAAAAAUUCAAAUUAAUGAAAAAAUCAAGUCAUUUAAUAUUAAUUGUUUCGCUUGAAAAAGCAAUAUGGAAUUGGAUGGAAACUUAUCCUCAUGAGUUUGGAGAACUACAAAAAAAACCAAAUGAAGAAUUAUCAAAAUUUUGUGAAGGAUUAUUUGAUAUCCUUGAUUCUUUGAGCGAUAAUAAAAAAGGAAGAGCAGUCAUGUGGUCUCUUCAAAUUAUGCUUUUAAUAUUAUCACCCAAAGUUUUGGAAGAAAUUGUAAACGCAGAUUCAGGAGCUCCCUGUUCUCCUAGACAUUCGAAAAAAAAACAAUUUAUUGAUGCUGUUAAAAGAGCUAUUAGUCCACAUGGUGCAAGCAAACAAUUAUCAGAAGCAGCUGCCGUUGCUUGUGUAAAACUUUGCAAGGCAUCUACAUACAUUAACAUACUAGAUUCAAACAACGUUGUUUUUGCAUUGGUUCAAACUGUUAUUAACGAUUUAAAAGCUUUGCUUUUUAACACGGUGAAGCCUUUCACACGAGGUCAAAAUUUUGUAGCACAAGAUAUUGAGUUGAUGAUAGAUUGCUUUGUCUCUUGCUUCAGGAUUAAUCCUCACAAUAAUGAAGCUUUAAAACUUUGUUUAGCUUCUACAUCUCCCCCCACAUAUCAAUUUGUACUUGUUAGUUCACUUUAUAGAAUUGUAACACAACCGAGACUUUCAUGGUGGCCUCAGAUAGAUGUUAUGUAUAGUAAAUCUUCAGAAUUAAGAUCAAUGUUUACAGAUACACUGAAUAAAGUAACUCAAGGAUAUAUUUCUCACUUGUCGAUAAAAAUGAUUCCUUCAUUGUCGUUAACGCUUAAAGGGAAAGAUUCCAUGUCUAAAUACAAAGAAAGGGGAGAUGAAAAUUCCGGUUACAAAAAUUUAUUGAUGCUGAUGGUUCGUCUCAUACAUGCUGAUCCCAUGCUGAUGUUAAAUAAUCAAGGAAAAACUGGACACGAAAUUCAAAGCUCAACUUUGGAAUUGAUUAAUGGCUUAGUAAGUUUAGUUCAUCAACCCAGCAUGUCAGAUGUUGCUCAAGAAGCAAUGGAAGCUCUAUUAAUUUUACAUCAUCCUGACAAAAUUGAAUCGUGGAAUCCCGAAGCUCCAAUUAAUACUUUUUGGGAUGUCAGUUCACAAGUAUUGUUUUCCAUUUCUCAAAAAUUAAUUCAACAUCAAAUAAUGAAUUACACGGAUAUUUUAAAAUGGCUGAGAGAAAUUAUGGUGUGCAGAAAUGCUUUUCUUUUACGUCACAAAGACUACGCCAACAUGGGGAGCAAAAUUCCGAUUUGUAAACAAGCACAUAUUAAAUUAGAAGUAGUUUUUUUCAUGUAUUUGUGGUCCAUUGAUAUGGAGGCUGUGUUGGUGGCCAUGUCUUGUUUUAGUUUACUUUGUGAAGAGGCUGACAUAAGGUGUAAUUCGGAUGAAUUCACGGUUACAUAUUUAUUACCAAAUUAUCACGUAUAUCAAGAAUUAGCUCAAGCUUCAACGGUUUUGACAACUGGUCGAGCUGCUCUACAAAAACGAAUAGUUGCCCUGUUGAGAAAAAUUGAACAUUGCGUUAAUGGAGUUCAUCCGGCUUGGGAAGAAACCUUUAGAAAUUGGGAUUUAUCCACAAAAAUGUUGACAUCGUAUCCCAAAGCAAAAUUAGAAGAUGGACAAACGGAAGCUUUGCAUAGAUCCGUCGGAAAAAGGCGAUCGUCUCACCAAAACAGCGAACAUGAUUUAGAAGAACAAAUUAACGAAUGGGCAAAUAUGACGGGGUUUCUUUGCGCUCUGGGAGGAGUCUGUUUGCAAAGAAAAUCUCCCACGAAACCAGGAACGAGUUUUGGAGCGACCACGCAGCACAUAGAGUUUCGUAAGUGUAGUAGUGUACUGGCUGGCUCUAGUCAAGACGUUCAAUAUUGUCCAGUCACACAAUUUGUCGGACAAUUAUUAAAAUUAUUAGUCUGCAACAACGAUAAAUUUGGACCGCAAAUACAAAAGCACGUAAAAGAGUUAGUCGGACAUGACAUGUCUCCGGCAUUGUAUCCGAUUUUAUUCGAUCAAAUUAAAGUUAUAGUCGAAAAAUUUUUUGAUUCUCAAGGCCAAGUAAUUGUUUCCGAGUAUAACACUCUCUUUAUAGAGCAUAUAAUUUUUAUUAUGAAAAACGUAUUGGAUACAAAGUUGGAACAACAGCCUUCUGAGCAAUUGGGAAUUACCUGCAUUGAAGGAAUUAUGCUGGGCGUAGUUCGGUAUGUUAGGCACCUUGACAUGACCGUUCAUUCGCUUCAUAAUAAAACUAAAUUAUGCCAACUCGUUGAGGUGAUGAUGAAACGAAGAGAUGAAUUGGCUUUUCGUCAAGAAAUGAAGUUCCGAAAUAAAAUGGUUGAAUAUUUAACGGAUUGGAUUAUGGGAUCUUCACAUCAAAUGGUUCCUCCGGGAAAUGCUGAUGUCAUUCCUAUCACAAGAGAUUUAGAUCAGGCUUGCAUGGAAGCCGUGGCUUCGUUACUAAGAGGUCUUCCUUUACAGCCUGAAGAAUCGGAUAGAGGAGAUUUAAUGGAAGCCAAGAGUCAACUGUUUCUAAAGUACUUCACUUUGUUUAUGAAUCUUUUAAAUGACUGUAGUGAUCCUCAAGAGGUUGAAAAAGAUGUUGGUAGGCAACGUGCCAACGUAACAAAAUUAGCAGCUCUUAGAAAUGCAACAAUACAAGCCAUGUCAAAUUUAUUGUCGGCGAAUAUUGACAGCGGGCUAAUGCAUUCAAUCGGUUUGGGUUAUAAUCGUGAUCUACAAACUCGAGCUGCUUUCAUGGAAGUUUUAACAAAAAUAUUGCAACAAGGCACGGAAUUUGAUACUUUAGCUGAAACCGUGUUUGCCGAUAGAUUUGAACAAUUGGUACAACUUGUAACCAUGAUCAGUGAUAAGGGUGAAUUACCGAUUGCCAUGGCUUUAGCAAGUGUUGUCACGAGUUCUCAAAUGGAUGAAUUAGCACGAGUUUUCGUUACUCUUUUCGACGCGAAACAUUUACUGUCUCCACUUUUGUGGAACAUGUUUUACAGAGAAGUAGAAGCAUCAGAUUGCAUGCAAACAUUAUUCAGAGGAAAUUCAUUAGGAAGUAAAAUAAUGGCGUUUUGUUUUAAAAUUUACGGAGCGAGUUAUUUACAAAGUUUAUUAGAACCGCUUAUUACCACGCUCAUUGAAGAUCCGGAAAAAAAUUUUGAAGUGGAUCCAUCUCGUUUGCCCAACGAAGAUAACAUCGAACAACAUCGUAAAAAUGUUAUCAAUCUCACGGAAAAAUUUUUUGCUUCCAUUUGUAAUUCCGUUGAUAAAUUUCCUUCCCAGUUGCGCAGCAUGUGCCAUUGUUUGUAUCAGGUUCUUACCAAACGAUUUCCUCAGUGCCCCCAAAAUAAUAUCGGCGCUGUUGGUACCGUCAUUUUUUUGCGUUUUAUUAAUCCUGCCAUCGUGUCUCCACAAGAACAAGGAAUAUUUACCAAAACUAUACCGCCUAAUGCGAAAAGAGGUUUGAUGCUAAUGUCGAAAAUUUUACAAAAUAUUGCGAAUCACGUUGAAUUUAGUAAGGAGCAACACAUGAUACCUUUCAACGACUUUUUAAGAGCUCAUUUUGAAGUCGGAAGAAAAUUUUUUGUACAAAUAGCUUCGGAUUCUGAAAGUGCCGAUCAGGGUGCUCACUCGAUGUCUUUCAUUAGCGAUGCAAACGUUUUAGCAUUGCACAGAUUACUGUGGAAUCAUCAGGAAAAAAUAGGAGAUUAUUUAUCCAGUUCGAGAGAUCACAAAGACGUCGGGAGAAGGCCUUUUGAUAAAAUGGCCACGUUAUUGGCAUAUUUAGGACCGCCUGAACACAAACCGGUUGAUUCUCAUUUAUUGUUUUCAUCUUACGCGAGAUGGAGUUCCAUAGAUAUGAGCAGUACAAAUUUUGAAGAAAUAAUGGUGAAGCACAACAUGCACGAAAAAGAAGAGUUCAAAUCCAUCAAGUCAUUGAAUAUAUUUUAUCAAGCGGGAACUUCAAAAGAUGGCCAUCCUGUUUUCUAUUACAUUGCUAGAAGAUACAAAAUUGGAGAAACUAAUGGAGAUUUAUUAAUAUAUCACGUGAUUUUGACACUAAAGCCAUUUUGUCAUUCGCCAUUUGAUUUGGUGGUUGAUUUUACUCACACGUGUUCCGAUAAUCGUUUCAGAACUGAAUUCCUUCAAAAAUGGUUUCACGUUUUACCGGAACUUGCAUAUCAAAAUAUUCACAUCGCGUAUAUUUAUAAUUGUAAUUCUUGGGUUCGCGAAUAUACUAAAUUUCACGAAAGGAUUUUGGCGCCUUUGAAGGGAAGUCGUAAAUUAGUUUUUGUAGAAGCUCCUGCGCGAUUGUGCGAAUUUAUCGACGUGGACCUACAAAAAUUACCCGGCGCAACACUGUCGUUGGACGAAGAUCUUAAAGUUUUUAACAACGCUUUAAAAUUAUCUCACAAAGAUACGAAAGUGGCCAUUAAAGUUGGACCCACUGCCAUACAAAUAACAUCCGCCGAAAAGACAAAAGUUUUAUCACACACCGUUCUUUUAAACGAUGUUUAUUACGCUUCAGAAAUAGAAGAAGUUUGUCUCGUGGAUGACAAUCAAUUUACUUUAACGAUUGCCAACGAAUCGAGUCUUUUAUCUUUUAUUCAUACCGAUUGCGAUGCUCUCGUACAAUCCAUCUAUCACAUAAGAAGCCGAUGGGAAUUAUCUCAACCUGAUUCUGUGACCGUGCAUCAAAAAAUACGACCCAAAGAUGUACCUGGAACGCUAUUAAAUAUGGCUUUGCUAAAUCUCGGUUCCUCUGAUCCAAAUUUAAGAACGGCAGCCUACAAUCAAUUGUGUGCGUUAACAGCGACUUUCGAUCUUAAAAUAGAAGGAAAAUUAUUGGAGACGUCCGGUUUAUGCAUACCUUCGAACAAUACAUUAUUUAUUAAAUCCGUUAGCGAAACAUUGGCCAACAAUGAACCACGAUUAACGCUUGAGUUUCUCGUAGAAUGCAUCGAAGGUUUUAGAGUUUCAACUAUCGAAUUAAAGCAUUUAUGUUUGGAAUACAUGACGCCGUGGCUUCCCAAUCUGGCAAGGUUCAAAAGACAGUCAAAAGUCGCACACAUUUUAGAACAAUUAAUUUUACUCACGAUCGAAGAAGGAGAAAUGUAUCCGUCGAUUCAGGCAAAAAUAUGGGGUACAAUAGGUCAAGUACCGGAUCUCAUAGACAUGGUUUUAGAUAGUUUCAUUCAUCGCUCCGUGUCUUCCGGUUUGGGGUCUCCGAUGGUUGAAAUAAUGGCGGACACGGCCGUCGCGUUAGCUUCGGCAAACGUACAAUUGGUCGCGAAAAAAGUUAUCGGACGGUUGUGUCGCGUUUUCGAAAGAACUUGCAAAUCGCCGACUCCGCUUGUGGAAAAUCACAUGUUGUGGGACGACAUCGCCAUUUUAGCCAGAUACCUCCUCAUGUUGUCGUUUAACAAUUGUUUGGACGUCGUCAAACACCUUCCUUUCCUUUUUCAUUCCGUAACUUUUUUGGUCUGUUCGGGUUCUUUGAGCAUGAGAGCAUCGACCCACGGUUUGGUUAUCAAUAUAAUUCACUCGCUGUGCACCGUCACCAAACCGACCUUUUCCGAAGAAACUCAAAGAGUUUUGCGUUUAAGUUUAGACGAAUUUUCUCUUCCGAAAUUUUAUCUUUUGUUCGGUAUAAGUAAAGUCAAAUCAGCAGCAGUUACGGCGUUUCGAUCAAGUUAUCGUCAUCCCCACGACAGAUGGUUUCAAAACGAAAGAAGUUUUUCGGGAGUACCUCAAGAUAGAGAACAUUUAUCGUUGACUUCGUUAGAAGUAAUAACGGAUGCUUUGCUGGAAAUAAUAGAAGCUUGCAUGAAAGAUAUACCGGAUUGCGAUUGGCUUCAAACAUGGACGACGCUAUCGAAGAAAUUUGCAUUUUCUUACAAUCCAGCAUUACAACCGAGAGCUUUAAUCGUCUUCGGAUGCAUAAGUAAAAGUGUCACUGAUCAAGAUAUGAAACAGCUUUUGAGAAUUCUUGUUAAAGCGUUGGAAAAUUUUACCGAUAUUGCUCUCUUGGAAGGUUUGGUCAUGUGUCUUACCAGAUUGCAACCUUUAUUACGACCGGAAUCUCCCAUACAUCGAGCUUUGUUUUGGGUAGCCGUUUCCGUUUUGCAGUUGGAUGAAUUUUCACUCUACGCUUCCGGUUUGGCUUUACUCGAACAAAAUCUUCACACAUUAAUUUCCCAGGGAUCGUUCGAAGAUAAGAGUUUGGAAUACGUCAUGAUGACUACGAGAGAACCGCUGGAAUGGCAUUUCAAACAAUUAGAUCAUGCCGUGGGACUCAGUUUUAAGGCAAAUUUUCAUUUCGCUUUAGUCGGUCAUUUAUUGAAAGGAUAUCGACAUCCCACACCGACGACCGUUUCAAGAACUUCGCGAGUAUUAUUGCAAUUGCUCGGAAUCAUUGCCAAAACUCACAAAAGAGAUAAAUUUGAGGUCACUCCCGAAAGCGUGGCUUAUUUGGCUGCGUUGGUGUCGGUGUCCGAAGAAGUUCGGAGUAGGUGUCACGUGAAACAUUCAUUUUCAAGAAUUUUACCGGAACUUUUCGAAAGUCCAUUUUCAAAAUCGGAUUCGCAUCAACAAGUUUACGUUUUUCCAACGACGCCGACGAAUCGUAGGCAAAAAUCUUGGGAUUUGCUAGACCAAGGUACUUUCAGCCAAGGACCCAGACAUCAAAAACAAGUGACGAUGAUAAGUACGCGACCCCUAUGCAGAACACAGAGAUCUUCCUCGGUACCGACUCAAAAAUCGAUUGUUGAGUCAGCCUCCUCGUCUAAAGUAAGAAUUAAUCGUAGCGCCCGCGUGUCUGUAUCAAAUGAAAAUAACGUUUUGUUAGAUCCGGAAGUGCUAACGGAUUUUUCCACCCAAGCUCUGGUUCUUACAGUUCUUGCGACAUUGGUUAAAUAUACGGUGGAUGAAAACGAAACGAGAGUAUUGUAUCAAUAUUUGGCGGAAGCAUCCGUUGUUUUUCCAAAAGUAUUUCCGGUCAUACACAGUUUGAUUGCUGCUAAAAUCACUCACGUUCUUACCAAUUGUCACGAUCAGGGAAUAUUAAAUUCCGUUCAAGCCAUAAUACAAAACAUGGUCGCGAACGAAGACAACAAUCAACAAUUGCAUUAUUUACAAUCUUGCGGUUUUGGUGGUCUCUGGAGAUUUGCCGGUCCUUUCGUAAAGUCGAAUUGUCCAGUUGACGGAGCUGAAUUAUUCGUUAAUUGUUUGGAAGCAAUGGUGGAAACUUGUUUGCCACUCGAAGAAGGAGAGCAAAACAUUGUACAAUAUCCUUCGAUGCUUAGCGUAUCCUCCAACAUGAAUUUAUCAUCUUCCCUAUCGAGCUUAACGUUGGGUUCUCCAACGGACAAAGGUGAAAAUCCAUAG